AUGUGUCGAGAUCCUGAAGCGAGUGCUCAGCGCAGCCAGAUGUGCUCCCUGGUGGCUUGGCAAUGUCUGCUGUGGGUGAACCCCCUCCCCCCCCGACACCACCUGAAGGCCAAGGUCGGGAGGGGCUCUCACGUCUCCGACGUGCUGGCACUUGGGCGGCCCCGGGCGGGCCCUGCAACGCUCGGCUCUCCUGGCAACGGUGCCCCGGCCCCAGCCAUUCUGGAGCCAGAGAGCCAGCAGGGCCUCACGUGCCUCAGGGCUGACGAGGCCACGGGGAGGCCUUGGGCAGCGCCGAGCAGCCGUGGGGCCUGGGCCGUGCGCCCAUCCCCUGUCCCAGGCCUAAGUGCUAGGGGGCCCAGGGGUGGUCUGCGCUGCAGCCCCACAGGCUCCGAAGAGGGCGGCUGGUCUGAGGACCUGGAGUCGGGGGCCGGCUCCCCCCCGACCCUGUGCUUUGAUUCUGAGGAGCAGAGCAGUCCCUCUGCAGUCUCCCCACCCCCAGUGACCCCAGUGACCCCCGUGACUGCAGAAGAAUCACACCCGCAGCCCCUUCCCUACCCCAAGCCACCCUGGAGCCCCGUGCCCGGGGAUCUGCUCUGUAUAGAGAUGCUGGGCGACCAGCUUCUGUCUGGGAGGUGGGCCCUGCUCCAGGCAGAGCUGCUUGCAGGUGCCGUCUGGGAGGGCGGGCUGGCUUGGAUGGAUGACCCGGCCGUGCUGCAUAUGGAGGGGGGCCUGUGGAGAGACGGAGAGAAAUACGGCCUCCUGUCUUAA